CGUUCCAAUCGGUUUCCUGUCCCGCCCGUUUCCCCACCUCCCGCCCUGUCAGUGUCUGACUGGCCGCAGCGAGCCCAGUGUAUGUGCGGCAACAACAUGUCUGCUCCGCUCCCAGCCAUUGUCCCGGCCGCGAAGAAGGCCACCGCCGCGGUCAUAUUUCUCCAUGGAUUAGGAGAUACUGGGCAUGGCUGGGCAGAAGCAUUUGCUGGUAUUAGGAGUCCACACAUAAAAUAUAUUUGUCCGCACGCGCCUGUCAUGCCAGUUUCUCUCAACAUGAAUAUGGCCAUGCCUUCCUGGUUCGAUAUUUUUGGACUUGCUCCAGAUUCACAGGAAGAUGAAGCUGGGAUCAAGCAAGCAUCAGAGAAUGUGAAUGCACUUAUAGAACAAGAAGUAAGGAAUGGAAUACCCUCAAACAGAAUAAUUUUGGGAGGAUUUUCUCAGGGAGGAGCUUUAUCUUUGUACACUGCCCUCACAACACAUCAGAAGUUAGGGGGCGUAUUGGCACUCAGCUGUUGGCUUCCACUGCGGACUUCAUUUCCACAGGGUUCCAUCAAUUGCAUCAACAAAGACAUUUCUAUUCUCCAGUGCCAUGGUGACCGUGAUCCUUUGGUUCCACUAAUGUUUGGAACUGUGACUUCUGAAACACUAAAGAAAAUGUUAAAUCCUGGCAACGUAACUUUCAAAACUUACUCAGGCAUGAUGCAUAGCUCAUGUAUUGAGGAAAUGAUGGAUGUGAAGCAAUUUAUUGACAAGCACCUACCUCCAAUUGACUGAAGUAUGUGAGAAGCCUUCUGUUAAAUGCACCAGCAUCAUCUGUACUAGAUUGUUUUUUUUUCAUGUAGCUAUUUCUAAAGCAUCUCUGUGCCUACGGUAUUAACUGUACUGCAAAGAUUAGAAACUAUAACUUCAUGAAUACUCCUCUCAAAUCCCAUUGGCCAUAAUAUAGAUAUAUGGCAGUGGAAAGGCAUGUUGGAAUAUAAUUAGGUAUUCUCUUCCUUGCUAGAUCAUUCCAAAUUUAAUGUUCUGAAGCCCUUUUAUAAUUCUGAGCAAGUUUUUUUUUCCAAAUCCUGUUAUAUUACUGCUUGCUAAAUUGACACUUGUAAAUGCAGUACGUAACCUGAAUAAGCAUGCAGUGGUAGAACAAAUAUUCUUAAGGUUCACAUUUAACCAAUAUUAUUGCAUGUGCAAGAUAAGACUGUCAAGUCUUUAAAUUACCCCUACAUCUUGGAGGAAUUUAGUGUUGUGUCUUAAAUGUGUGCCAUGCUACUUAGAAUCUUGGAAAAAGUAUUUGAUCUCUAUACAACUGUUUCCCAUUCAGCUGCUCUUAUUGAGAUAAAUUUGGAUACAAAUGUCACUCAAACAAUUAUAUAUAGAAUUAAUAUGAUAAAAAUCAUUAGAAUUUUUAGUAUAUUGCAAAAUGUGAGCUUUCAAAAGCUCUUCUGAGUAGCUAACUUCUUACAAAAUAAAAAAAAUACAUUGUAUGUAUUUGUCUUGUUCUGCUUCAGAGAAAUCAGGAUUGGUGGUUAAAGCAUUGCACAACCAACUGACAUAAGUGACAAGAGGUGUGUGCACGAAACAAAAUACUGUAUAUUUUGUUUUUAGCCUGAAACAAGCCAUCAUUCUGGAAAUUUGGCUGAACUGUUUUAAAUCAACCACAGCUCAGCAGAAAUAGAAUGUUUGAUUGUUCAAAACAAAAUCUGGAGGGAUAAAAUGAUUUUUUUAAGAAAAUAGACAAGACUGGUACACAUUGCCUCCUCCUCAACAUGGGGUAUGUAUUGCUGCCACCUCCCUGCUCUUCCCACAGGCUGCCUUCAGCCACUACCACUGAUAUCCCAGCGUGACGUAUCUCACUGCCUGCCUGUUCCAUCCUACCUCCCAAAGGACUUGCCCAGCACCUUUUCUCUCCCUCCCCAGUUACCACUGAUAUCCAGUAUGCUAACACCAAGGCAACCCUUCAGUCUUGGCUUUUUCCUGCUUGUUACUCCACCACUGAAUGACAAAGCAUGACUGAGUUUGGCAUAGAUCACUGCAAACUAGCUGUUCCAUUCAUGGAACAGUUUGUGCAAGCAAUUUUCUACAUCCCUGGACCAGGUCAUUCAAAAAUAAGGUACUAUAAUUUCACCCUUGUCAUGGCAAAUUUUCCAUCUAAAUUCUUAAUAGGACUUGAAGACUGUCAGAAUAGAAAAUGUAUUCCUACAUGGCAAAACUUCUUGCAAAAGUUUCACAAAACCAAAAUAAUUCAUUUUGUAUAUGUAGGUAAUUCUAUAUAUGUUACUUCUAUGUGUACUUUAUUUCUGUACAUAUAGAAAUAAAAAUUUCCUUAAUUCUAUAGCAUGAUUAUAAGAAUUCCUUUAGAAAUAGCUCUGCAGGUUUUGUAGUCAGGAUUGUAUGUGUGAGGAAAAAACUGGGUAUGUUCUUUCUCUUUCAGGCCAUUCACCAUAUCCCAUUAUUUUGCUGAUUCCAUUAGCAUCACAUUGCUACUACGUACAGUAUCUAUUAUUGAUGGUGAAAUGGCACCUUCUAAGAUUUCUACUAUUCAUUAAUAUGAAUUUAUUUAAGAGUAGACAUGGAGUCUAAUGGGUAUCAGUCAUUACAUCUGCAGCUGAUAAGCACUUAAAUAGUUAAAAUGUAAUUGAGGUUACGUGUGGGGGGAGCACAUAAUCUUGCCCUUUGAUGCUUUUGUCCAUGUUCUGGCAUCACAUUUCUUGAUACUUUAAACUGAGGGUCAUCUAUAUACCAGCAGAAUUGGGCAAGAAAUCUGUGUUCGGAAUGUACAACUUCAGAUUGUAAAUGUUUUUCUGGUAUAUAAUGCCAACAUUGUGGUUAACUUGGCUUACUCUUUAAUUACUGGUUUACUAUAUGCUGGAAUUGGGAGAGCAAUGAAAACUACAGUGUGUUCCUUAUUGUAGCCUGAAACAAUAUUUUAAAAUGCAGAUUCUGUUCUGCUGAACUGAACUUGGCCCUUGAAAGAAGCAAAUGUUUCUGUAGUCAAAGCCUCUCUGGGCUAUUUUAAUUAUGGGAAUCUCUGCAAGAGUUUGUAUACAUAGGACUUGAAUAUGGGAACAGUAUGAUUUUAUCAGUUUAUUUUGUUUCAUUGGAGACUAAUUUAUAUACAUGCUAGCUCCAAGAAGAAAGAGUCCUGACAGUAUUCAGAUAUUUUUUUUAUAAGCAGUAACAUGUGCAAGAUUUUAGAACAUUGGCUUAACAGAAAGUAGUCUGUUAAAAGUAUUAUGUAAUUGUAACUGCCUAGAUCAGUUCUACUCUUAAAAAUCAGAAAUGCAAAACAAACCAAAACUUUGAUUUAUAUCAUUUUUUAACUUAAAAGACUUUGUGUGAAACUACUGACAUCAAAACAUAGUACCCAAUAAUAGAUGUUCAGUUUACUUUGGAAUCAAUACAAUACUGUGCUAAACAAUCAAACUUUAAUACUGAGUAUUAAAUUGUUUUUAAUUGGAAUGUUUGAAUAAAAUUGCCAAUAUUCAUUGUAUUAUAUCAUAGCUUAAAUGCUGUGACAACAGAGGCAAAUCUAAUAGAUUCAUCAGGAUUUUCAUCCUGAUAGGGUUAGUUUUUGGUUUAUCUUGAAGUAUUGCAUAGCGUUCAUUGCAGUGAAUUGCUGAAGGAGUACUCUAAAAUGAAUUUCUGGUCUGUUAUUGAAUGUUUGCCUUAGGAAAUGUACCGCACUUCAGUAAAUUCUAAAUGCGUCUUUUUU